UACUGUGGGACAACAUGGAGGCAGUAGCGCUGUUCACAUACUCCGCAGCACAACCGGACGAGGUCAGUUUCAACAAGGGGGAGGUAGUCAAGGUGACCGAUAUGGAGGAUGAGUCAUGGUUCACAGCAGAGGUCCAAGGAAAGAGAGGAUACGUGCCUGAAAACUACAUCUCCCUACUACCACACCCCUGGUUUGCAGGCAGCAUCACACGAAUGGAAGCAGAACAGCGCCUUCGGUGGCAGGAUACGGGAGUGUUCCUGGUGCGAGAGAGUGAGUCGGCCCCUGGUGAAUUCUCACUGUCGGUCAGCUAUGGCGAACGCGUGGAGCACUUCCGUGUUCUUGAAGGAGGAGGUCAGUACUGCAUUUGGGAGGAGUCCUUCUGCUCUCUGAACCGCCUGCUGGACUUCUACAGAACACACAGUAUUUCUAUGGAGAAGCCCGUCCUGCUCAAAGACCCACCUGCUCACAUAGUGCCCCCUUGUGGACAAAACUCCCACACGCACUGCCCCUCCAACCCUCCCAACCCAUACAGAAGUGGUUCCCAGGAGUCCCUGUGCUCCUCCCGGCCCCCAUCCCGACUGUCCCACAUGGAGAGGGGGUCAUCGCCACAGCCGCUUAAGCCACUUAUGGAGAAUGCCCGAGUGGCCCAUGCCCUAUGUGACUACAGCCCUGCUCACAGCGCCUGUCUGCACUUCCAGAGAGGGGACGUCAUACAGCUGCUUGACUGCUCCAGUCACCUGACUUGGAGGGGGCGCUGCCGAGGCCGAGUGGGCAUCUUUCCUCCACAAUAUGUUCAACCACUCUACAACUGACUCAUAUCAGCUU